AUGGUUUCAGCGAAAGGGACACAUGCAAGGGACACCAGCAAGAGGGACACCUGCAAGAGCGACACCAGUGUGGACCCCAGCAAGAGGGACACCUGCAAGAGGUACCCCAGAAAGAUGGACACCAGCGAGAGGAACCCCUGCAAGAGCGACACCAGUGAGGACACCAGCAAGAGGGACACCUGCAAGAGGACACCAGCAAGAGGACACCUGCAAGAGGACACCAGCAAGAGGACACCUGCAAGAGGGACACCUGCAAGAGGACACCAGCAAGAGGGACACCUGCAAGAGGACACCAGCAAGAGGACACCUGCAAGAGGACACCAGCAAGAGGGACACCUGCAAGAGGACACCAAGGACACCAGCAAGAGGGACCCCAGCGAGAGGGACCCCAGCGAGAGGGACCCCUUCAAGAAGGACCCCAGCAAGAGGGACCCCUGCAAGAGGGACCCUUGCAAGAGGGACCCCAGCAAGAGGGACACCUGCAAGAAGGACACCAUCAAGAGGGACCCUAACAAGAGUGACCCCAGCAAGAGGGACACCAGCAAGAGGGGCACCAGCAAGAAGGACCCAAGCGAGAGGGACACCUGCAAGGGACCCCAGCACAUUAAUUCUUUAUCAG